AACCAAAGGCCCAAACUUUAAAUCAUCAGUCAUCACUAUCACUUCUCUCUCUCCCUCUCUCUCUAUAGAACUGCACGGACAACGACAUGCUUUUUAGUUUCCAUGCAAAUCUUCUGGACAACAUUUUGAAAAUCAAACGCAUUUGAAUCUUCACUUUUUUUAUUUCUCUCAUCAUCAUCAAUGGUGGCUGGUAAGGUCCGUGUAACCAUGGGUUUUCACAAGUCUCCUUCAAGUAAACCGAAGGACAUACCCCCUCCGCCUCCUCCCCCGCUUAAACCGCCUUCCGGUUCAGCUGGUAAACCGUCAAAUCCCGGUUCUAAUCAGAAACCAGGUUUCACCCGCUACUUCCCACGCGCUUCCGCACAAGUACACAAUGCCUCUUCUCGGUCCGACCAAAACGCAAUCGUUUUGGAGCUACGUCGUCAGGUGGAGGAGCUCCGCGAGAGAGAAGCUCUGUUGAAGACGGAGGUUCUCCAGCUCAAGCUACUCAGAGAAUCCGUCUCCGUUAUCCCGCUCCUCGAGUCCCAGAUCGCGGAGAAGAACGGCGAACUCGAGGAUUCGAGGAAAGAGACGGCGAGAUUAGCGGAGGAGAACGAGAGACUGCGGCGAGAGGUUGUGAUGAGCGAGGAGGUAAGGAGAGAGAGCGAGAGGAGGGAGAAGGAGAUGGAGUCGGAGCUUAGGAAACUCGUGUCGAGUGAAGACCACGCGCUCUCGGUUUCUCAGAGGUUUCAGGGUUUGAUGGACGCGUCGGCGAAAUCGAGUUUAAUCAGGAGCUUGAAACGGGUCGGGUCAAUAAAGAGCGUGCCCGACCCGAUACCGAACCAAGAGAGCAACAAGAAAGACGAGAUCGAGAGCCACUCCAUGAGUAACUCGGAGGAACCUCUCUCAGCCGUUAGAUCUAGGGUUCCCAGAGUCCCUAAACCACCGCCUAAACGGUCUUUCUCAUCCAACGGCUCAGGCGACUCCAUGGCGGAUCAUCCGCCACCGCAGAGAACAAAUCCACCUCCUCCCCCACCUCCACCUCCGCCUCCACUUCUCCAACGACCUCCUCCUCCGUCUGUCUCCAAAGCUCCGCCUCCACCACCGCCACCGCCGAAGAGUUUAAACAUAGCUUCGGCGAAAGUAAGAAGAGUACCUGAAGUAGUGGAGUUUUAUCACUCGUUGAUGCGAAGAGACACCACAAACUCCAGAAGAGAUUCCACCGGCGGUGGCAACGCCGCGGCGGAGGCGGUACUUGCUAGCUCGAACGCCAGAGACAUGAUCGGAGAAAUCGAAAACCGAUCGGUUUAUUUACUAGCGAUAAAAACCGACGUAGAAACGCAGGGAGACUUCAUAAGGUUCUUGAUAAAGGAAGUCGAAAACGCAGCGUUUUCCGACAUCGAAGACGUGGUCCCUUUCGUGAAAUGGCUCGACGACGAGCUCUCGUACCUGGUUGAUGAGAGAGCAGUGUUGAAACACUUCGAGUGGCCUGAGCAAAAAGCCGACGCGUUGCGUGAGGCAGCGUUUUGCUAUUUCGAUCUGAAGAAACUCAUAUCGGAAGCUUCUCGUUUCCGGGAAGAUCCUCGUCAACCUUCUGGCUCUGCUCUCAAGAAAAUGCAAGCUCUGUUCGAAAAGUUAGAGCAUGGUGUUUAUAGUCUGUCGAGGAUGAAGGAAUCAGCGGCGACAAAGUUCAAGACUUUCCAGAUUCCGGUUGAUUGGAUGCUCGAAACAGGCAUUACUAGUCAGAUUAAAUUGGCGUCUGUGAAACUAGCGAUGAAGUAUAUGAAGAGAGUAUCUGCAGAGCUCGAAGCCAUUGGAGGCGGUGGCCCGGAAGAGGAAGAGCUUAUCGUGCAAGGAGUCAGAUUCGCAUUCCGUGUUCAUCAGUUCGCAGGAGGGUUUGAUGCAGAGACAAUGAGGGCAUUUCAAGAGCUAAGAGAUAAAGCGAGAUCAUGUCAUAUUCAAUGUCAAAGCCAAACACAUCAACAUAAGCUUCUUUUUCGCUCUACCCCUUGUUGAAGCAACCUUAGCUUCAUAUUAUAUCCACACCUCUUUGGUAUUUGUCUCUAUUAAAUUUGUUUUUUUUUUCAAGAACAGAUAAAUCAUGUGAAUAUACGAAACUCUUGUUUCUGAAAACAAAGGAUCAUUAUUCAAUGGGAAACCAUCUUGUUAUAUGUACUGAUCAUCAUAAAA